AUGUCCAGCGAGAUUGCAAAGGGCAACCUGUCUUCUUGGUGCCUACAAACGACGCGUCUCUUUACAUUUGACCGAGCCUCGGAGCCCGCCAAUAUUGGCCUCGCAACAUCACGUCCUAUUCUCACGGCACUCAGCCGAAGGCAUCAGUGUGCAAUCACAUCACUGCUUGAGUCCGCCUUCGACCUCGCUUCUACGCAGGGUCUGAGCCCAUACGAAAUCCGUACAGGUUCUUGUCGACCCGUGAUCCUCCCGGGCUGGGGAGACUCAAACCACCAUGCCGCUAUAAAGGCUACCUCGUGGUAUGCCCAGCAUGGCUUCUUGCAACACUGGGACAACCGUCAGCACCCUCUCAUCAAACAACGAUUCCCCGAUGGAACAACCUCAUUCAUCGCAUCGCUGGAUGCGUUUGGUAUCCGCCACCGAAUCAACGGCCAUUCCAUCGCCGAUAAUGCGGGCAAUCGUUCCGCCUUUGCUUUGCGUCUUCUGCUGGGCCUGUACUUCCUUACCGAAGACCAACGCGAGCUCGACACCAAAGAUGUGGACUUGGACGAGACCAGCGGUUUCCCCGGUCCGGAGAAAACCCUAGCCAGAGACAACCGCCCGCCUGGCUCUGUACCCCUCCCAUCUACCUUCGUGCCGUACCGCCAUUAA